UGGAACAGGUGGAUGCAACGGGCGGUAGAAAUGAGUCACACACUGAUCUUGAGAUUCACAAUAUAUUUGAGCGGUCACUAUGUACACUAUUUACAGUGGCAAAUCGCACGGGCGAGCAGAUUAUAGUAAUACGGCCCGUAUCCGUGGAUCGCCGAUGAGAGAUCGAACUGGCUUCGCGAUGCACGUGGUACGCACGUGCCGGGUGAGCUUCGCGCGGGCUACCAGAUUAUAUUAAUACAGGAAACUCGCGGAAGAAUGAGCUGAACAUUUAACGGACCGAGCUGAACACUUCGAACCGUGAGAUGCACCUUCUGAGCGACUAACAAACUAACACACUAAAAACUACGCAAAGGAGAUCGCAUUCGCUAUCAGCUCAUUGCCAGCAUAACGAAGACUGAUUAUUCACGAAGUAGCCCGUCUGAUGGCGCGGCGCCUCACCCGUCGCGCGCGGUCUUCGCGUCAAGGGUGGCGACACCGAAUGAAUAAGGGGGGGCUUAAGAUUAUUUCUUCAACAUUUCCGCCCGCCAUCAGCAACGUGUUGAUGAUGAGUCUAGUCCUGAGUCGGCUGAGCUGUAUCCGGUUGAGUACUUGGCAAUAGCGCGAGCUUCGUGACAGGCCUGGUGAGUGUGGUGGUGGCUGUCCUCGGCGUCACUACCCGGGUGAGUCCAUCCUUGCCUGGAAUCAAAGAAACAACCCUGGCCAGAGGCCACUUACACGGCGGGAACCUCUUGUCCGUGAUGAGCACCAAUGAUCCAACUUGUAUGUUGUUAGACGGGUGAUGCCACUUUGAGAUCGCCUGUUGUCGUUGCAGAUAUUGAGUCGACCAUUGAGACCAAAAUUAUUGAACUCGCUGCUGGAUUAAUUGCCAACGUGAGAGUCGAGAGAGAGCUAAGUCGUUGAGUGACGGCUCAGGUAUCGUUGUUAGAGCGCUUCUGAUGAGAAAGUGCCCUGGAGUGAGCGCUGAGACGUCAUCUGGAUCGUCGCUGAGCGGUUCAAGAGGUCGUGAGUUCAGGAUCACCUCGAUCUGAGUGAGCAGGGUCGUGGUCUCCUCAAAGAUAUCUACAGCGUGAUCACGCUAGAAAAUACAAUGGCGGAGAUGGCAACGAAGAAGUCAAUUAAUGUAGUAAGUAACAAGAAGAGCGAAGUGUGCAAUGUUCAAUCUAACAACGAUUUGAUUGAUUUGGAUGAUUUAACCGCAAGUAACAAUCAACUAAUCUCUUUAUGCGAUGACGACGAUCUUGUACUUACAAAGAACACUCAUAACGCGCUUGACGGCGAUGACAAGAGCUUGCAAGAAUUGAUAGAUAGUGAGCUAGCUCUGAGGAUCUGCUCGAGUAAAAGCGGCGACAAGGUCGUUACGGACAAUGAAGAAUCUGAGGAAAUUGUCACUCGACCGGAGACAAUCAAGAGAAUUAUUUUGGAUCAUCGACAAAAUCUUGUUGACGUUAACGCGAAAUUCAUAACAGCCGAAAAUGAACACUGUUCUUUUAUCGAAGAAUCCUGUGCCCAUCAAAAUAGUUAUGUAUGCCCGAAUGCAAACGACGCGGUUAUAAAAUCAGAAUUAAUGUUUUCUCGCGAUGAGGAAAAGAAGCAGGUAUUUAUUAAGCAGUCGGAAAUUGGCUAUUCAUCGAUAAUUAUUCAGAAAACAAGCGAUGAGAAUGAUCAAAUAUCGAGUUGCAGUGAGCCUGUUAAUAACAACGACAUUAACAAUAGCAAAGACUCAAAUGUGGACUAUCAAAUCGGUAUAAAGGAAAUCGUGCUUUCUACAAAUGAUACCAGCAGUGAUACAUGCGAUUUUGUCGAUGAUGAGUUGACUAUUCAGCAAGAAUCUUUUCUGGCUUCUAUGAUUUGCCCCAAGGAUAAAUACCAACAGGAAGAAAAGCUGACGCGAAACGUACUGGACGAUACGAAUCUCUCGCAAAUCAACAUUAAUGAAGAAAAGAAGAAAGAUGUUAUAGUGCGAGGUGAGCAAGUACCAUUUUCAGAUCAGCAGACUCAUCAAUCUUUUGAUAACUUGGAUAAAAAGUUUUAUCAGCAACAUCAAAGUAGUGAUAAGCAGGAAUGUAACAAAGAGCUUAUGAAUGAGCAUAUCAAUAAGUUUGACGAAUUCUGUGGAUACAGUCGCAUGAAAGAGAAAGAGGAUGAAAUUUUAAUAUCAUCAAUUUCCCAAAGCAAAUUUUCGCUCUUGGAAAUGACAGAGAAAACACAAUCAAAGUUGAAGGGAAAACUUAAGGAAGAUCCUCAUAAUGUUCAAUCGAUUCAGGAGCAAUUCAAAAGCUGUGAUAAUGAUAUCAAUCAGUGCAAAAUGUUCAUGGAGACAACUACUAGCAUGCAGUUCUCCGAUACAGAGCGUCACGCAUUAGGCGAGGAAGCUCUUCAGAAAACAUCACAAAUAUUAUCAGAAAUCAUUGAGUCAAUGACAUUGAAAUCGAACGAAUUAACAGAAUAUCCUAAAAAUAUCGAGAAGGACACGCAGAACCUGAUAAACGAGUCCUUGAGCAACGAGUUAUCUGAGUCAGACUCAAGCUUUCUCAAGAAGGUCGAGAUCACGGUGUCCGAUACGAAUAUGAUCUGUUCGGAUACAAAGCAGAUCGUUGAAAAGCUCCAGAAUCUGGAUUCAUGGACUACAGUCGAGGAAACCACAAAGUUGGCCGACACCAAGAAGAAGCAACAACAGAAUAUCAGGAAACACGAUGUUAACAUUAACGAAAUGAAGACAGAUGAUAAUAAGAAAAAACAGGAUUUUUUCGCACUUCCGUCUUCUCAUGUACCUUUGGCCACAUCAGACGAGAUGGAAAUAAGUGAUGUUUCUAAUAUCUGUGAUACGGAAAGCCGCGAAGAGACGACAAUCAACAGUUUUAACGUAUCUUCUUCAAAGAGCGAGACUAAGAUGAAGAAGAAGAAAACUGAAGACCUUGCUGCUAACAGUGUUACUUCACCAAAUCUUACGCGCACAAAGAAAACAAAGAAGAGCAAGAAAGGUGAUCUUGGAAAGGAGAAUAUUUCCGUGAAUUGUAGCUCACAAGACUCCGCAAACAUGCAUACAAGCGUUCGGCGAUCGCAUUUGGAGAUGAUCAAUUUCUCUAACGAGGACGAUUUGUCGAACGUCAACGUUAAGUCAUUGACAGAGAACUAUGUAUCGGAAACAAAUCGUAGCGAUCAGCAGAGGCUGUGCAGAGAACAAAUUGCCACUGGCAUAUCCAUCAAGCAAUUAAAAUCGAGCUUCAGUAAAUUUGAUGCUCUUACUAAAAAGCCAGUCUUGCAUGUACGUUCAGUCGAUGCGGGAAAAGUACAACAACAACUGAAUUGUGUAGGUCAAAAUGGCGACGCAAAUACGAAUUGUCGAAGCUGCGGCAAGGUCGUAUUUCAAAUGGAACAGACAAAAGCCGAAGGUCUUGUUUGGCAUAAGAAUUGUUUCCGGUGUGUUCAGUGUAGCAAACAGCUUAAUGUUGAUAAUUAUGAGAGCCACGAGAGUACGCUUUACUGUAAGCCACACUUCAAGGAGCUCUUCCAACCAAAACCAGUUGAAGAGUCCGAGCAGCUCAUACGACCUCGAAAGCCAGAAUUGAUCAUACGAGAGAACGAGCCGAAAGAGUUGCCACCUGAUGUUGUCAGAGCUUCUGACAAGCCUGAUCUGGGACUCGAGGAGCUUUUGAGCUUGAAUGUGAAGUCACGCUUUGAAGUCUUUGAAAAGGCUAGCACAGAGAGCACUAAUGAAAUCGAGAAAUCGCCGUCACAAAUUGCCGUUAAACGAUCACCUAGUAUCCUCAGUAAACUGGCUAAGUUUCAAGCUAAAGGUAUGGAUAUUGGCGUGGCGGAUGAAUCUCUUAAUGGUAUACCCUACGAAGAAUCUAGUGAAAGUGAAGAUGAAUUGAAGACGGAACAAACUGAAGGGGAUUUGGAAACCGAAAUUGUGAAGGCAAAACGCAAUACGCGUGAACGUCCGAUUAGUUUCUCAAAAAUGGAUGACAUAAAAAAUCGCUGGGAAUCAACUAGUCAACAAGGGAGACGAGAAAUUCAGCGUGAAGCUAGAAAAGAAGAAAUUGCUGGUAUUCGCUCGCGCUUAUUUAUGGGAAAACAAGGUAAAAUGAAAGAGAUGUAUCAACAAGCGGUAGCGGGAAGUGAUCGCGUUACAAAGAUCAACGCGGCAGAGGAGAUCCAGCACUCAACAAACCAUGCACGCUCCCUAAAAGAGAAAUUUGAACGAGGCGAGCCAAUCGCGGCUUCAGAUGAUGAAACCGACAACAAACCAAAACCGGAGAAAGCUGAUGAGGAAGUGAUAGCAGCAGGUAUCAGUAAGAAAUCGAGGUCACACUUUUUGGAACUGGAUGCUUCUGCAGCGAAAGCAGGAGGUCCUGUUGCGCCAAUACAUCCAAAACCACCAACGGAAAUUCCACGACGUGUGCGAGAAGCGUUUAUGGGUCGUCAAGUCUCAGACGACAUGGUACGCAGCUCGGACAUAACUGAAGAGAUCCACGUAGAAACGUCGGAAAUUUCAAACAAGUUUAAAUUCUUCGAAUCCUACAAAGAACCAGAGAAACAACGGAAGCAAUUUCGAAUUACACCGCCACGCGAUGGCCAAGUCAAGAUGGAUUCACCGGAUCGCGAGAUCUAUCGUGACCCUGAUGUCAUCAGAGCCGAUGAUAAGAAAAAUGAAGUAGUGCAUACUGAUACAGCGAAGAAGAUGCUAUCCAUUUUUCGGCAAAUGGAGGAAAACGCAUGCAAAGAAGAAGUGCCGGAAGGUCCAAAGCCUCUAAAAUGCUUCACGCCGCCUCCUGAAAACAAAUUCGCUAAAGCAACUGCUUCGGAUACGGAAGAGGAUGAGGACGAAGAUGAGGAGUCUGAUGAUGAUAAAAGCAUCGAAGAAAGGGAUCCCAACUAUGUUCGUGCUUCUGAUAAGGUAGAAGACAAAUUCUUGAAACAAGCUCAAAAUGCGGCUCGUGCAAAAAGUCUUCGUGCUAAGUUCGAACACUGGAAGAAUACUGAGGACAAAAUCGAUAGUCAUCAUAUCGAGAUAGAAAUGGCUCAGAGCAUAGGCGAACAAUCCAGCAUAGAAUCUACGAGCAGUCUGAGAGCUCGUUUUGAGUCCCUUGGUUCGCAGACCAACGAAUUGCCGCGUACACCGAAGGUUAAAGUUAAUCGAUUUGUGGAGGUCCAGACAACCUGCGUGGAAGUGUGCGAGAACUGCCAGAAGAAAGUCUAUCCCUUGGAGAAAGUCGAAACAAAUAAUAAAAUCUUUCACAAGCAAUGCUUCCGGUGUCUCCAGUGCAAUUGCAUUUUAAGGAUGGACUCCUUUACCCUGAACAACGGCAAGCUGUAUUGUAUUCCACACUUUAAGCAGCUUUUCAUCACACGGGGAAAUUACGACGAGGGUUUUGGCAUAGAUCCGCACAAAAAUAGAUGGACAACGGCGAACUUCAACAAUUCUACAAAUUCGUCAGUAAUUGCGAUCUCAAGUAGUUUUUGAUCUUCCGACUUAUUCUUUUCUCAUUUACGUAUUAUCAUUAAACUUUAGACAGAUUUAUAUAUGAUUCUAAGUAGAAUUUUUUUAAAGAAGAUUAAAUUUCUUCUCAAACAGAAAAUAUAUUGAAUAAAUAAGUUUAGAUGUUGUUUUGAGAGUUUUUAUUUCAAUAAUUUUAGUAUUUUAUUUUCAUUAAUACAACAAUUUAGAUUCGUCUAUAGUUGAAGAACGCGAUGCUAUUCAUAAUGAUUUAUAUUUAUAUAUUUUUAUUAUAUAGUUUUAUCAAAUCUGCAAGUAUUUGUAAUAUAUAAACGAAAUUAAAAUUGAACGCGAUAAUACAAGAUUUAUCUCGCAUGGAUAUUCUUGUGCUCCAAUUCUUUUAAGUUCAAUCUUGAUAAAGAUACAUUACUUGAAAGAUACACUAUUACGAACCAUCGUUUUGUAAAUGAACAAUGCAAAUAAUAAAUAAAAAUAAAAUUAUAUUAUAUGUUGUGUUAAGAAAAUGACAAAAAA